CAAAAAAUUGUUGACCAAGGCGUCGCAGAACGUGACCAGUGUGUUCCGGUCCUUCACUGGCGCUAUGCAUGGCAAAUAGCGAUGGCGAUCCGGGAGGUCUUCAGUUUGGAAAAUUGUGAUGCUGAUGAAUAGUGGCAUUUACUUAAAAGAAAAGUCGUCUUGCGCCCAAGUAUGAGAAGUUUUUCACGCGGUUUCCUUGUCCCUGACUAGUGGGUGCGCAUGACAAAGUCCUCUGGGUAGGAGUUUGCGUGACGAAGAGAGUGGCGCUUCGUUUGCCGGUCACGCAAGGCACAUGCUGGGGCCAGACCCAGAGGACAAAAACAAAUAAGAAUCAAAUAUGCAAGGCUGGCGUAUUCUUUUUCACAAGCUUCAUCUAUCAGUGAUGUUCUGCCGACCCAGAUCGAUAUUUGCAAUGCAUACGCGCCGUGUUUCUCACGCAGGAACAGCGAGACGAAACCCGAGCUUUGGUGACCGAUUUGGAGAUCCUCUGUCUCCCGUUGCUCACCGAGAGAGCCGUGGAGCUUCACGGGCGGGAUGUAGUUCACGUUGAACAACAGGAAGGACUGAGACAAGCAAACAAAUCGGGCGAUAAGUUUCUACCUACAAGUACAACCCCCCACCACCACGACGACCCCGACGCCGAAGGAGAUUAUAAU